AUCAGAGAACUUAUGAUAGUGAUGUGUGGCGCGCAGCUUGUGUUUGUUGACAUGGUAGUUUAGUAACCAAUUCUAAAUUAUUGUUGCUUCUUUAAAUAUUAUAUUUCUGCCGAGGUCUGUAUUGUGAAAGACUACAACAUAAACAAAGAAAAUGAGUUUCGCAACGAAGCACCUGCAGGAACAGCGCAGGCUGAAGGAGGUUAGCGCCCUCCAGACUAUGGCACAGCUGGAGGCUAUAGAGGCUGAGAGGAUGAAGAUGGACCUCCGGGCCGAGGGGCGGCAGACGUUGCAGAAGCUGCGCGUCGCCAAGUGGGAAGCCGAAAAGGAAGAGCGGAUCGGCAAGCCAAAAAGUCUGCAGCGAGAACUGCUGUUUAACCAGCUCCGUCAGGAUGAGGUUCUUGCAGAGGAAAUGGAUAAAGCCAAGAGGCGAGAGAUAGUGCAGCUGAAGCUCAGGCAGCAGUUACGUGAAUCGAGUGUUGAACUAAAAGAGUUAGAAUCGAAGUUGAGAGCAGCGUAUGUCUACAAGGAACUGUGUGCUCAGAAAGCAGAGAAGGAGGCAGAGAAGAUGAGGGAGAAAAUGUACGCGAACGAAGAGCGAGAGGCUCUCCAACGGAUGAAGCGGCAAGACGAGGAGAUGGAACUUAAGAAGCAGGAGGAGGAGGCAAAGCGGCAGAUAGAGUACCGCCACCAGCUGCAGGACCAGAUGAUAGAGGCGUACAACCGGCGAGAGGCCGCCUUCAUAGAGUUCCUGCAGGAGAAGCAGAUGAUCGACGAGGCUGUUCGCAGGAUCCACGACGAGGACACGAGGGAGUUUGAGCAGAAGAUGCUAAUGAUGAAGAAAACAAAGAAAGAAAUGGAUGACUUCAAGAAGGCACGUGACGAGUGGAGGAAGAAGGAAAUGGAAUCAGUUGAAAUGGAAAAUAGGAGGCUCGUGGAGUUCUUGCAGAAGAGAGAGGAGCGGGAAAAAGAAAGGAUGCAACAGUUGAAAGAAAAAGAAGAGAAGAAGGCCAGGGUGAAAGAGAGCCUUUCCCGCAAGCUCUUUGAGGAAGAUCUGAUGCGCCUGGAGCGGACAGACCUGCUGCAGCAGCUGGCGGAGGAAGACCUGCGGCAGGCGGCACUGCGUCGCGAGCAGGAGGACGUGGACCGCGCACUGCGCACGCGGCUGGACCUGCAGGACACGAUGCGGCAGCAAGCGCGCGACAAGGCGGAGCGGCUGCGCAAGGAGGCCGAGGAGGAGGACCGCUACCGCCAGCAGCUGACGCGUGAGAUAAUGGAGAAGCAGCGCAUCGACCAGCUGACGGCAGAGAGGCAGAGGGUGCGACGUGCCGAACUGCGGCGGGAGGUGGAGGAGAUGAUAGCGGAGCGGAGGCGGAAGCGGCAGGCAGAACUGCAAGAGCUGCACGAGCAGGAGCAGUGGCUGCAGCGGCUAGACGACGACAGGCGACGCAGGAUAGAAGAGGAGCGCCUGCGCAUGCUGAAGGAGCACGCCAGCCGCCUCAUAGGCUUCAUGCCGCCCGGCGUGCUGCGCGAGGACGACCUCCCGCACCUGGGUCCGGAGCUGGCCAAGAUGUACAAAGAACAGGCCAUCUGCUGAACCUGAGCAGGGACACUGACAACUGCUUGAUAGUUCUGCACAUCCGUAUUUCGAUGAAGACAAUGUUACCACAAAUUAUUGACACUUUUAUGUAUUCCAUGGAUCAUACCAGGCGAGUCAUUUUGGCACUAUUUUUUAAAUCUUGCUUUUAAAUAUGAAUUAAUGAUAUUAGAUUAAGUUUUGUCAUUACCAGAUGACUUUAGAGUCAUAUGCAAACAUAUUUUUGCCUAGGGCUGUGUUAGGAAAUUAAUAAACUUUGUCUCAUACUUUUUAUGAAAAUACCACCUUGUCACUGACUCUAAUUUUUUUGUAACAUGUUUUAUAUGGACUCUGGAAGAUUGAUCUAUUACGCAUGAUCAACUUCUAAUUACACAGUCAAUGUCAUGGGUGCACAAUUUUUAAAAUGUCCAUCACAAAAUUACAGGCACUAUAGCAUAGGUGCAUGCACCAUUUACUGUGCGGUUUGUUUUAACAUGUCAAAGAUAUUGAAACCUUUUAGUGUAGUCUGAAAAUUUUAACAUUGUUUCAUAUUUAAACACAUUUAUACCACUUUGUAUGUUUAUGAGAUUGAAAUGUG